GGCUGCCACUGUUCUGGACCACUGCGAGACAGACGGACUCACGGUGCUUUCUACGGCAAUGAAUUACUACAUGGCGGUAGUGGCAGCGAUCCUUCCCUUAUUGCUUCCUACUACGCAGGUUUCAGCUAUAGAGGCUUCAGGUAUAAAAGUGAUACCGGCAGCUUUGCGUCUUGGAAAUUCCUCGCACACGAUUAAGAAGUACUGCGCUAGGGCUUUCACCAGUAUCAAGGAAAUCCCAUUGGGCUUAAAGAACGCACAAUACUGCAGCUACGACGCUGCCUCCAUCAACGCAAGCUGUGAUAUAGAGAUGGGGAAACUGCGUGGCAAGUGUGGUCUUGUCGAGCGGGCCGAAGACGCCUGCGCUUUCGACGUUGUGGUCACUAUUGCUGCUGGAAGCGGGGUUCGUGGCCUUCUUUUCGUGAGAAGGGAACCGAGAAAGGACAUAAAGUACUUUACGGCGAAGAACGUUCCAAGUCAAGAUAUUUUCGUUGGCACGAUCAAGAACGAUACUUUUUUCGACAUCACAGCAAGAGGUGAUCACGAUUCCCAGCUAGCCUUGUACGCCGUCGAAGUCAACACCAACAGGGAAGCUGCAGUCGUCUGGGUCAUCGCAUGCCUCACUGUUGCAGUAGGGUCAGUGUGGUCGGGAAGCACGCGCAAGACCUUGUUCUUAUUGCGUAACUGGAGAACUAUACUGAGGAACGAGAAUGAAAAUAAAGAUCAAGAUGAGAAGCCUGAAAACGUGAGCGUUGCAAAGGAGGAAGACAAUGUAGCACGGGAACCGCCCGAGGAACACAAUAGGCACAAAGCAGGCAAUGAAGAACCUCAAGUGAAGCCUUCGACAGAAGCGCUUCCCGUUCCUAAGCAGUCGUCGUCUGGACACCACCGAAAGGUUGUCCAUCUCGAUGAGUUUGACCAGGACAUCUUUGACGAGUGCCCUCUUGACUUCCAAAUCGUCGUAAUACUUGUCAUGUUCAUGGGCACAAGCUUGCUUUUUAUGUAUUACUUCUCCAAAAAGGUCGUGUACGUGAUGAUAGUCUGCGUCAUGUUGGGUUCCAUGAUGAGCCUAAUUGUUCUUCUGGACGCCGUGGCGGUCUUAAUCCCCUGCGCAAGUUUCAGGCUUCCGAACUUGCUGUUCCCUUGCUUCGUCCAGAACAUGGAGUUCCGCCAUCACUUGGUGUUUGUAGCUGCCAUCGGUCUCCCUGUGCUAUGGUUCACAUUCAGAGACGAUCCCCACGGGUGGAUCCUCCAGAACACAUUAGGCGUGAGCCUUGCACUCAACAUCACCAGGUGUUUUCAGUUGCCCAACUUCAAGUUCAUCUCCCUGAUACUUGCCUUCUUAUUUUGUUACGACAUAUUUAUGGUAUUUGUGACAGCGUUUCUCCAGAAGGGACAGAGCGUCAUGGAAGAGGUUGCUACGGGGGUAUACAACCUUCCUGUCCUCGUGCGUGUGCCAUUUUUCGAUUUAGGGGAUAUAGAAGACUGUCUUUCCGCAGCUUUCGGUGUGAUUUUGGGCUACGGAGAUAUUGUCGUCCCAGGUCUUGCUGUGUCUUACUGCCGUGGGUACGACGUACUCUCCAAGAGAAGAUCCAUAUAUUUUAUAGUAUCUAUGCUCGGGUACAGCAUAGGUCUCGUGCUGACAUUUGUUAGCGCACAGCUCAUGGAUUCCGGACAGCCUGCACUUUUGUACCUGGUUCCUUCGACCCUUAUUCCCCCCUUGCUGCUAUCCUGGUGCAGAGGCGAUCUCAAGGCCUUCUGGUUGGGAAAUAUUACUCCAAGAAGUGGUCUUCUAGCGUCCAUAGAAAACAUUCUGCACGUCUCGAUGUCCAGCGAGGCAUUUGAGGUGCACAUGUCCAAAGGGCUUCUCCAAGUGACGAACUCGGUUAUUCCGUGGAUCGCUAUACCAGUUCCAGUUACGCAGGAAACCUACGAUGCCAAAUGAAUCGAAUAUGGUCAUUGAAUAAUACUAUCUAGGAUACCAAUAGACAUCCGUAUUUUCUU